AUGGAGAUCCUCUUUGAGAGCGACGACGUUCUGGUAGUGUCGAAGCCGUCGGGGGUCCAAAUGCACCCAGUCAAGUCUACCCCGAACAAAGGCCGGGCCAGUCUCACCCUUGCCGAUGCUCUGAUCAAAGUGUACGGAGAGGAGGGUCUCAGUCAGAUCUCUGAGUUUCCAGGAAUCGUUCACAGGCUGGACAAGGGCACCAGCGGAAUCCUCUUCAUCGCAAAGUCUGACGUGGCACAUGCUGUCCUGGCGUCUCUGUUCUUCAAGCGGAAAGUCCAGAAGUGUUAUCAGGCGCUUGUUCCGUCUUGUCCCACCGACGAAACAGGAGGAGAAGUCCUUUGUGGUUCGAUCGAUGCCAAGGUAGAUGGGCUCCCUGCCCAGAGCUCAUGGCGAGUCCUCGAAAAGUUUCCCGGCAGCGGAAAGAGAACGAAAGCCUCUUUAAUCGAGGUCACUCCUAUGCAGGGAAGGAAACAUCAGGUGCGAGCGCAUCUGUCCGUCCUUGGUUGUCCUCUGCUGCUGGACCCCAUCUAC